AUGGAUAUCCCGCUCAAAUCGCUGCCCCGGGUGCUGAUUUCCACCCUUGAGCCGGCGUUCCCUCAGCCGGUGGCGGGCGACGAUGUUGCAAGACGCUCGCGGCACGAGGCCUACUUUGCAGAAGAUUCAACCAAAAAUGAACCCAACGAAAAGCUCCUGAGGAGCCCUCUGGGCGGCGACAGAAACUACCGCCUCACCAGAACAUACUCUGAGACGGAAUUCAACAACUUCGACAGCGAAACGGGGCAUCGUCUUUUUGAUGAUGACGUGUUCCGCCUGAAACCAUCCACGAGGUCGUCGCCGCUGCGGCACAAAGACCUGCUUGGCCAGCUCUACACUAGAUCCUACGAACAGCAGAUGGAUGCGGGCAUGUUGGGCGGGCUCGAGGACGAAUACAUUCCCGGAUUGGAUUUUGCCGACGUGGUGCAGUCGUGGAACCCUUCUGCAUCAAGAACCCAUCUGGGAAACCAUCUGGGUCACCAUCUGACCCAAGCUUCCAGAGAACACUCCUAUUUGGACUUGAAAAAGUUGCAUGCCCAGGUGGCACCCCAACCGAUCCAGUUCAGGAACCCGCUGGCCCUCGGGAAACAUCCAGAGGAGGCCAGCUUGAGCAAGCCUGUGAAAAAGCAUAAGAGCUCCCCCAGUCCAACGUCAGGGGCCAUUGGCCCUACAGACGUGAUCAAGGAGGAGCCCAACGAAAUUAACUACGAGUCGAUCCUUGCUUCUUUGCCACACAACUUCACAGAGCUCCCCUACUCACAGAGGAAAAAAGUCGUGAAACUGUUUUCCGAAUCCAUAGACUACUCGCAGUUCCUGCUCUACGUCAAGAACCAGCUAGCUGAACGAUCCUGUCUGACUCUGAGCAGAACCCAUCGCUCAGACGGUACACCAAUCGUUGGAUCUAGCGGUGGCAGCCUUCGGAGAUCUAGGCGAAAUAGCACUACCAAUGGCAACACUGUCGCAGGCAGGUUGUUGGCACUUUCGCUGUCGGCAGAUUUACGAAAGCUCGAUAAGCCGCCAAAAGUCAAUGUCGACGAGAAGGGUGCCAUGGUGCUUGGCUACGAGUUGGGUAGAGUGAUUGGGUUCGGCGCCUGGGGCACCAUUAGAGAAUGUUUCUCCAAGGAUGGUGAUGUGAAGGCGAUCAAAACAGUGAAAUCAGUCCGUGAAUGUGAUGGUGGUGCAAACUCACCGAAGGGGAGGAGCAAGUCUGUGCAUAAUCCAAAGGUUCUUCAGGUUUUUAAAAAAGAAAUCGAAAUCUGGCGCCAAUUUAAUCACCCGGCAUUGUUACCACUUCUUGAUCAUACAGAAACAGAAGAUACUAUAUUCUGUCUCACCAACAGGAUUUCAGGUGGCACUCUCUUUGAGGUUGUCUCUCGCUGGGGUGUGUUCAACGAAGGUAUCAAUAACACUUCAGGGCCUGUUGGAUUUCUGCUUCAACGUCAACGAAGGCGACUCUACGACGCUGCACAGUUCACCAGGCAAAUUGUGGAAGCUUUGCUCUACAUGCAUCAGGAGUUGGGCAUUGUCCACGGCGACUUAAAACUAGAGAAUGUUCUUAUUGACGAUCUGGACACCGAAAAUGUGCGUAUUGUAUUGUGCGACUUUGGCAUGUCCAGAGUUUUUGCUCCAAGACUUAGCAGGAAGCUGUCGAGACGUGAUGUGGACGACAGUACGGCAAUGCUUAGAUCCAAAAGCUCGGCUACUCAUAUUAGAAAGCCAUAUCCAGGGAGCGACUCACCUAGCUUAAGAAACUUGUUCUCUGACGAUAGCAAGAUCGGCAUUCUGCAUUUCCACAGACCACACGGGCCUUCACUUCAAUCCUUGGACUUGACUCCUACAAGCUCCAAAACCUCGUUAUCUGACUUCCACGAGUUCAAGGUCAGAGACCAACACUUGUCAUCCAACAUUGAGUCCGACUUACCUCAUUCUCACAUUGGAUCAUUGCCCUACGCUUCUCCCGAGCUUCUCGAGCCACAGCCCCCGCCAUUGGGACCCUCUGCUGACAUUUGGGCUUUGGGUGUUGUUUUAUUCACAAUGAUUGUCGGCAAGCUUCCAUUCCAGCAUCCGUUUGAACCCCGUUUGCGUGCUAUUAUCAGCGCAGGUAAGUAUGACAAGACUGAGCUCAAGCAAGCCUGUUUGAUGGCAUGGUUGUUCGAGGAAGAAGAUGAGAGUAUUAGGAACAACUCGUUUGUUGAUGUGGAGCGGCAGAAGGAGAUUGCAGAGCUCAAGCAGGAAUGGGAGCAGUGUGACAAGGAGGAGUUCUCGUGGUUAUAUGACAUGGUCGAAGGAUGUCUUGAGCGUGACAUCACCAAAAGAUGGGAUCUUUUCAUGAUGAUUGAAGAGCUCAAAGCCCACGAGAGCCAACUCGAAGAGGUUGACACAUAA